AAAAUGGGUCGUAAAAGAAAGAGUAAAGCUACUGUAGCUAGAGAGCAGAAGGAGAGAAUGAGAAGUAGACGACAAAGCAGUGUUGCCUCUAUAGAGUUGGCACCUCUAGCAAAAUAAGAUCAAGAAAGCUAAUUCAGGGGAAAACAGAAAAUGAAGAAACUGACCUUAAUUUAAGAGAUCAAGAAGAAACUAGAAAUGAGGUAAGGAAUUUAGAAAAUACAUAUUCAGUUAAUCAACCAUUUAUGAUGCAAGGUAGUUUCCAUCAAGGUGAUGACAGGUUCAGAAACAAUAGUGGUAAACAAUGUGUAGCAAAUUCAUUAACAGCCAUAGCUUACAGCAAACUCAGUUUGAUUGAUAAUUGGAAUAUGACUUUCUUGGACAAAAUCUUGAUAGAAGGGAAUAUUUUGUAUACUUGGAUUCAUGGUGAUAAUGAAGAAUUGUUAGUAACAGAAUUGCCGAAAAUGGUGGAAAUAAGAGAUAUGAUUGUUAAGUGUAACAGAAAAGAGUCGAUAUUUGCUUUAAUAGAUAAUAAUGGUAAAAUUGAAUUUAAUGUUCUUUCUUUGGAUCAUGCUCUUCAAGAGGCUCUUAUUGAUUCAGAUGGAUGUUUUGUUUGUGUAAGGGGUUUUACUAGUGCCAUUAUUAGGCAAAAUGGGAAAAUGUAUUUAUUUGAUUCGCAUGCUAGAAAUUGUUUUGGUUUACAAGACAGCUGUGGUAAAAGCGUUGUUAUUCAAAUAAAUGAUGUGAACAGUUUGUACCAACACUUUUACAAUUUUGUGCAAGGGGAUGUAAAUGCAGAAUUUGAAGUAACAGGUAUCAACAUUGAAAUUCAAGAUGAAGAUUCUGUCACUAACAAUCUUGACAAAUUUAUUGGAAAUAUUAACAAUAGAGAGGUUUUAGAGGAUGAAAACAACUCGGACGUAGAAUUUAUUGGUGUCCCAACUCAAACCUGCUAUUUAUUUAAUCCAAUUGAUUAUUGUACAAAAAGAAAACUUUGUAAUAUUUUAGAUAUUAAAUCGAAAUUUGUUUUGAAAAUCCCGCUUAUGCCAACACACAGUAUAGGUACGCCUUUAAAAUCAAAACAAAUCACUGCAGACGGCAACUGUUUAUUCAGAGCUAUUUCAUAUGCAGUAUCAAACAGGCAAGAAAACUUUAAACAAAUAAGAAAUGAAUUAGUGCGCCACAUCUUGCGUCAUUCACAUCAGUUUAAUUCUUUUCUUGAUUCUGAAACAGUCAAUGAGUAUAUGAAACGUACUAAUAUGAUAGAAGACAAUGUUUGGGGAACUGAGUUAGAAAUUAUAGCUGCUGCUGAUUUAUUAAAAACUGACAUUUUUACAUAUUUAGAAGGUAAAUGGAUUAAAUACUCAUCAAAGCAAAUCUGUAGCAAGAAUAAUGUGAAUGAUCAAGCAAUUUAUCUUAAUAAUGUAGGUAAUCACUAUGAAGUUGUUCUUUCUGUUUUACCUGGUGGUAAAGAAGAGGUAACGUUAAAGAGUAAAGAAAGUGCCAAGAAACGAAAUCAAUCUGGUAUAGAGAAAGACCAAAUGAACUUACACUAUGAACUAUCUCAUGAAGGUACAAUGAAGAGAAAAUAUGAACAACAUGAGUUGAAUAUUCCAAAAAAAGUCCUGAAAAGAGAAAAAAAUAGUUUUGGUUUAAUUGUGGAAGAAAAAUAUUUGUUGGAAAGGCCAAGAAAAGAACCAGGUGUUUGUAAACCUCCAGAAAUAGAAGAAGGUUUUAAAAAAUCUGAAAAAGAAAAAAUGAAGUAUCAGAUGGAUCCUCAGUUUAGAUUCAAUAAAUUAGAAAAAAAGAAAAUGAGGUACAAACAAGAUAAGUCAUACAAAGAAGGGUUAAUUCAAACUGGAAAGGAAAAGUAUAUGAAUGAUGCUAAAUACAGACAAUAUAUACAACAAGCUUCUAAAGAUAAAUAUAUUAGUGAUAAAAAAUACAGGGAAUCAAAGAAAAUAGGAAGUAUUCAAAAGUAUGCAAAUGAUGAAGAACACAAAAGUGCAGUCAAACAGGCAAGCAUACAGAAAUAUGCUGAUGAUGAUGAAUUCAAAGGUGAAGUCAAACAGGCAAGCAUACAGAAAUAUGCUGAUGAUGAUGAUUUCAAAAGAAAAGUCAAACAGGCAAGCAUACAGAAAUAUGCUGAUGAUGAUGAUUUCAAAAGAAAAGUCAAACAGGCAAGCAUACAGAAAUAUGCUGAUGAUGAUGAAUUCAAAAGUGAAGUCAAACAGGCAAGCAUACAGAAAUAUGCUGAUGAUGAUGAUUUCAAAAGAAAAGUCAAACAGGCAAGCAUACAGAAAUAUGCUGAUGAUGAUGAAUUCAAAAGUGAAGUUAAACAGGCAAGCAUACAGAAAUAUGCUGAUGAUGAUGAUUUCAAAAGAAAAGUCAAACAGGCAAGCAUACAGAAAUAUGCUGAUGAUGAUGAAUUCAACAGUGCAGUCAAACAGGCAAGCAUACAGAAAUAUGCUGAUGAUGAUGAAUUCAAAAGUGAAGUUAAACAGGCAAGCAUACAGAAAUAUGCUGAUGAUGAUGAUUUCAAAAGAAAAGUUAAACAGGCAAGCAUACAGAAAUAUGCUGAUGAUGAUGAUUUCAAAAGAAAAGUCAAACAGGCAAGCAUACAGAAAUAUGCUGAUGAUGAUGAUUUCAAAAGAAAAGUUAAACAGGCAAGCAUACAGAAAUAUGCUGAUGAUGAUGAAUUCAAAAGUAAAGUCAAACAAGCAAGCAUACAAAAAUAUGCUGAUGAUGAUGAUGAUUUCAAAAUUAAAUUGAAAGAUCAGUUGUUGACAAGAAGACAGAAUGCCAAAGAAGAAAGUAAAGACAUUAUAAAAGUUAUUGAAAAUUUUAGGGAAAAUGUAAGUAAGGGUCCAGAAUUUGUUUGUGCUUGCUGCUUUAGACUUUGUUUUGAAAAUCAAGUUGUUCAAUGUAAAAGAGAAUUGUAUAAACCAGGUUCUGCUAAAGCUAUAGCGGACACAUGCAUUUCUGAGAAGUAUUUACAUAUAUGUUCAAAUGAAUGCAGAGAUGAAUGUUUAUUUAAGCAAACAAACAGAGUUACACUUUGGAUUUGUUACACAUGCCAUAGAAAGAUUCUUAAAGGAAAAAUACCUGCUGAAUCUUUUGCUAACAACUUGGCUUUAGAAGAUAUUCCAUUAGAACUUAACAGAUUAAAUCAACUAGAACAACACCUUAUUUCAUUAAAUAUACCUUUCAUGAAAAUUGUUGCUUUACCUAAGGGUGGACAAAAAGCUGUGCAUGGUCCAUGUGUUUGUGUACCAUCAGAUAUUUCAAAGGUCACAACAACUUUGCCUAGAUCAGAAGAUGAUAAUUGUUUAGUGAAAGUUAAACUCAAAAGAAAAUUACAGUACAAAGGUUAUGAGGAAUAUCAGUUUGUGGACACUAAACAUUUGGAAGAAGCCUUGUCCUUUUUAAAAGAAAAGAAUGAUUGGUAUUCAAAUGUUGAAAUAGAUGGAGAGUGGUUGAAUCCAAUUCCAACAUCAGAGAUUAAAUGUGGUGCUGAUAAAAAAGAUAAUGAAAGUAAUACAAGAACUGACAGAGUAAUAAAGGAUAACUUGGAGGACAAAACAGGCAAAAAAGAACAGGAAGAUGCAGUUGAUUCAUAUUUAGAUGAUAGUUUACAGGGUGUACAGUUUGACACAUGCUUACAGCCUGCUGACAUUGCACAGGAAGCAUUGGAUUUAUUGUUUGAUCAAGAGUUUAAUAUAUCCCCUGCAGAAGGAAAUAAUCCAGUCAGUUUACUGAAAGAAAAGGGCAUUGAAGCAAAAACCUUUCCAGUGCAUUACCCUACAGGUAAAAACACUUGGAAUGAGGACAGAGAAGAAAAAUUAUCUUUAUUAAGGUAUUUUAAUUUGAGAUUAAUGAGUGUCGAAAAUAGGUUUGCUAGAGAUACUUCCUACAUAUUCUUUUGCCAGUAUAUGUCUGAACUAGAUAGGGUCAUGUCAAAUGUACAGAUAUCGUUACGGAAAGGGUCAGUAUUUUCAGAUGGACAGAAAGUAACAAGUAAAAUGCUGUGCAAUAAGGAGUCUUUAAAUGGAUUAUUUAGAAAAGAUGAAGCUAUCAAGUUCAUGAAACCUGUCCGAGGAACACCACCAUAUUGGCAAUCUAUUCAGAAGGACAUUUUUUGUAUGAUUAGACAGUUAGGUAUACCCACAUUCUUUGCCUCAUUCUCAUCCGCAGAUUUUAGAUGGAAAGAAAUUGUAGAAACCAUAUUGAAGCAGCAAGGAGAUAUUCGUAAUGUUGACGAUCUUAGUUGGGAUGAAAAAUGUAAAGUCCUUUGUAGUAACCCUGCUACAGCAGCAAGAAUGUUUGAUCACAGGUUUCACAAAUUUCUUAAAGAUGUGAUAAUGUCAGAUGCUGAACCAAUUGGUCAUGUGAUUGACUACUUUUAUAGAGUUGAAUUUCAACAGAGAGGUUCCCCACAUACUCAUUGUGUAUUUUGGGUAGAAGAUGCCCCCAAAUUUGGAGUAGACAAUGAUGAUACUGUUACAAAGUUCAUUGAUAAGUAUAUCUCUUGCAAAUUACCGUUGGAAAAUGAUGACCCAGAGCUUACUGACAUUGUUAAAACCGUUCAACAGCAUAGCAAAAACCACUCAAAAAGUUGUAGGAAAAAAGGAACAGAGUGUCGGUUCAAUUUCCCAAGACCACCAUCUGAAAAAACAUUUAUAUCCCGUCCAAUUGAAGACAAUGAGGAGGAUAAGGAACAUGAUAAAGAUGCUGAUGAUGGUAAUAAGUCUGAAUCUGAAAGCAGUAAACCAUGUGAAAAGACAUUUAUACCAUGUCCAAUGAAACCUGAUGAUCAUCAUCAUCAUGAUAAACAUACUGAUGGUGAUAUUAAUGAGAAAUCAGAAUCUAAGGGCAGUAUCUUAAAAGCAAAACAGAUGUUAGCAUGUUUAUGGGAUGUAAUUAAAGAGUGUGAGGAUAAAAGUUUGACUACCGGUGAAUUAUUUUUGAAAGCAGGAAUGUCUCAGGAAGAUUUUCAAGAAUGUUUUAGAUGGAUAACAUACAGAAAUACUGUUGUGUUAAAGAGAAAUAAAGAUGAGUUGUUUAUUAAUCAGUACAACCCUCAUCUGCUGAAAUCAUGGAAUGCAAAUAUGGAUAUUCAGUACAUAUUGGAUGCCUACUCGUGUGUGGUUUACAUUAUAAGCUAUAUAAGCAAAUCAGAACGUGAACUUGGCUUGUUACUGCAGCAGACAAAAAUUGAGGCAGCGGAUGGAAAUUUGGAUGCACAGCAGACUAUGAAAAAAGUAGGCACAGCAUACUUUCACUUUCGAGAACUAAGUACACAAGAAGCUGUUUUCAGAGUCAUAGGUUUACGUUUAAAAGAAUGUUCUAGAAAAGUGCAAUUCAUUCCAGUAGGAGAAAAUCCAUGCAGAAUAAGUAGACCCCUCAAAGAACUGCAACAAAAAUCAAAAACAUUAAAGAUGAAGAAGUCUAUAGAUGAAAGCAGUGAUGAUGAUGGUGAUAGUGAUGAUAUUUGGCUGAAAAGUAUUACUGAUAGGUAUACAAAUAGACCUGAUCUAGAACGCUUUGAUCAGAUGUGUUUAGCAACAUUUUGUUCUGAAUUUUCAGUGUUAGCAGAGACACAGAUACCAAAUAAAAUUAAUGAGGACACCACAUUCAAACUUAAGAAUGAUAUGGGGUAUAUCAGAAAAAGGACAAGGACUUCUGAUGCUGUUAUAAAAUAUGCAAGAUUUUCUGUAGAAACAGCUCCUGAACAAUACUACCAAAGUAUAUUACAGUUGUUUUUGCCAUACAGAUUAAAUGAGCAAUUAAAACCACCACAGUUUUUAUCAUAUGAGGAUUUUUACAACUCUGGAUUUAUAAAGUACAGUCAGAUGGAAGAUCUCUGUUCAGUUCAAAAUAAAGUCAACUUUAACAUGUCAAAAUUUGUGAAGAAAGACAAGGAGCUAGAGAUUGCAGAGAAACAAUUGGAAGAAAGAGGAUAUCAAGAGGAUGCAUGGGCACAACUAUGUCCAGAAACAGAGAAAGAAAGACAUGAAUGUAAUGAAGUUGGUGAAAACACAACCACUCAAGAGGUAGAAAGUCCUGAAUUAGAAAUACCAGAUUUGAAUCAGACUGACAAGCCAACUGAAAAUGGAAUGGUUCAAAAAACAUGUUUUUCAAGGUCUGAAGUUAUACCGUUGUUGAGAACUUUGAACGAGAAACAAAAGCGCAUAUUUUUUAAGAUCAGAGAGUGGUGCAAUUUUAAAGUGAAUGGUAAGAAUCCACCGCCAUUUCAUGUGUUUGUAACUGGUGGUGCCGGAACAGGUAAAAGCCAUCUGAUUAAAUGCUUGUAUUAUGAGGCCACAAGAAUUCUUGCACACUGUUCCCCAAAUCCUGAUGAUUUGACUGUGUUGUUAACUGCACCAACUGGCACAGCAGCUUUUAAUAUAAAUGGAUUGACAAUUCACAGUUCACUUUCCAUUUUUAAAGGUUUAUCAGUUGAAAAAGCUAUGCUUGGAGAAGAUAAGCUGAAUAGUUUAAGGUCCAAAUUAGAGAAUUUACAAAUUCUCAUCAUAGAUGAAGUCUCAAUGGUCAACAAAAGGUUGUUAUUUUUUAUUCAUCAAAGGUUGCGUCAAAUUAAGAAAAGGCCUGAGAAGUAUCCUUAUGGAGGAGUUUCAGUGAUAGCAGUGGGUGAUUUCUAUCAAUUACCACCAGUAAAAUCAAAAAGGUCAGAUAAACUUUAUGUUAAUGAUCCAUCAAAUCCUUUGAAUUAUCUGUGGAAUGAUCUUUUUUCUGUUGUGGAAUUAGAUGAAGUCAUGAGACAGAGAGAAGAUAGUUUGUUUGCCCAGUUGUUGAAUAGACUAAGGGUCAAACAGAACAAUUAUCCACUAAAAUCUUCAGAUCAAGAAAUGUUGAAAGAGUGCAUAGAUAGUGGACCAGAUGAAGCUCUGCACAUUUAUGCUACAAAUAAUGAAAUUAACAUGUACAAUAAUGAAAUGAUUAUGAAGUUGUCGAGUGAGCCCAAAUUAAUUGAAGCUCAAGAUUUUGAAAAAGAUAAGACAACAGGGAAACUUAUGAAGAGAAGACAGAAUUUUUCAAAAACCAAUAUUUGUCUUCCAACAUCAAUCCUGUUAGCAGAAGGAGCUCGUGUGAUGAUGAUAAAAAAUGAAGCAGUCAGUGAUGGUUUGGUGAAUGGUGUUAUGGGUACUGUUCUCAGUAUUUCAGAAUUUUCAAAAGGAGCAUUACCGAACAACAUAUAUAUUCAUUUUGAUAAUGAUAGAGUUGGAAAAAAUGCAAAAGUACAGAAGAUAAUAAAUGGAAAAAGAUGUGUUGGAUUAGAACCAUCUACAGAAAAUAUAUCAUUUAGUAAUGGAACAAGAAAACAGUAUCCUCUGCAGCUAGCAUGGGCAUGUACUGUUCACAAGGUUCAGGGUUUGACAGUGCCACAGGCAGUUGUCUGCUUGAAUAAAUGUUUUGCCUAUGGUCAGGCAUAUGUUGCAUUGAGUAGAGUUACUUCAAAAAAUGGGCUGACUAUAUUACCAAUUGAUGAUAAAACUUUGAACAAAAAAAUAUACAGUGAUCCUGAUAUAAUGGAGGGGAUGAAAUCCAUGGAUAAUUUUUUGUCUCAAAAUGACACCAUAGUUUCAAAUCAUAAAGCAGGUUUGUCAAUAGUUUACCACAAUAUUCAAGGUCUAAAGGCUCACCAAAAUGAUUUGAAAGCCAAUUCAGACUUCCAAAAUGCAAAUUAUAUCUGUUUGACUGAAACAUGGUUGGAAUCUUGUAGUGAUGAUGUUCACCUUCCUAAUUAUAAACUUCAUCAUUUGCCAAGGUCAGCAGCAUUUGCAUCAAAUAAUCCUUUGUAUGCUUCUUUACAAGAAAUGAGUCAUGGUGGAGUUGGUGUAUAUGUUAAGUCAGAUUCUGAGUAUGAAGAAUUUGAUACAUCUCAAAAAAAUCUUGAAUGUAUAAUUUUCAAAGUUCCGAAAAUGAAUGUUCUAAUUGCUACAAUAUAUAGAACUCAAAAAUACCAAAUUGAACUAUUUUUAAGAAAUGUUCGUGCUCUUUUGUCAGAAUUGACACAGCUUUCAAGCAGUAUUAUUGUUUUAGGAGACUUUAAUCAAGACAUAAUAAAGGGUGGCAGUUCAAUUCAAGAUUUUAUGGCUUCAUUUGGAUUUGAACAGUUAGUACAAGAGGCAACAACAGAGGGUGGUACACUGAUUGACCAUGUUUAUAUCAAAAGUUGUGUUAAAGUACAAGUAAGUGUUAUUCCAACUUAUUACAGUUAUCAUGAUGCAAUAUCUGUCAUUUUGGAAAUAAACCCUACUUCUUGA